UGUCCACCUGUCACCAGGAGGGGUCUAUGGAUAGCCUGUACGAGGCAGUGCAGAGCUCCACCGACGGCCCGGCCCCGCCCAUCCCCAGCCGCUCAUCCAGCCGCUCCUGCAGCCGCUCCUGCAGUCCAGCAGUGCUGCUGGAUGACAACACGAGGUGGAGAGGCUCUGGAAGGUCUAUAUCCAUGGAUAUGCAGCAGACACACAGGGCCAACUCCAAUAAAAGGAAUAGAAGAACACACAUAUCAAAGUCCCUGUCAGACAAUGAAACACUGGAUAACCCCGGCUGUAAUGCAACGUGGCAGUGCGCCAGGAGCCGAGAAGAUUUAAUCCACAUCACCAACAAUCACAACGAAGAGAUGAGAAAGCCUAAGCACCGAACAGACAAAAAGGGAGGAAAGGGAGGACAUCGUAACGGCACAAAGAAAAAAGAAAAACAACAAGCAAAUCAGAGUGUUCAUAGCAACGGAGUGAUAACAGAACCCAAAUCUGCUGCCAAAAAGAACCAAAAGAACGGAAAGAAACCAGGAGGAAGGAGUGGGAAAGAUGUGUCCAAGAAAAGUCACAGCAACAGAGUGAGUUCCCCACCAAAAACAAUGAGCCCACCCUUGGAACCACAGUAUUUGGACGUGCCAUACACAUCUAGACCGGAUAGGAGGUUGUACCUGGGCAAAUCCUCCACCCUCCCCACCCCGGACAGCUCAAACCCGGGGCGCUGUGUGGACAUGGUCAGCCUACCUGGAGGAGCGACACCCACCCACCACCAGCGCUGGAGCAACCCAGGGGACAGCAGCCCUGCCUGGGGGACCAUAGAGCACACCUGCUGCCGGCCCCUCACGGAGUACCGCAUGCUCCCCCAUGAAUUUGCCGCCCUGCAUGGAAAGGAAUGGGAUGGGAAGCAACAAUCAGUGAUGGACCAGAAUGGAAGCCUAAAACGGAGCUGUCAGCUUCAACCAAAGGUGCCACGGUCUGUCACGGAGGUGGACCUGUCAGAGCCAAAUCGUUCCACAAGCUUCGGCAGGUUUGAGGGACUCAGACAUCACUCAUCACAUGCCAAAAUAGAGGAAAAUGGGACAACUAUGCUCAGAGAAGAGUGCGACAGUCCAGAUCCUGGCAGAUCAGCUGGACUCAGCAAAAAGAUGAAAGAGAUCUCGCUGACCAUGAGGAGAAAGAUGGGCAAAAAGCACGCCAAGUCUCUUUCAGAGGAAACAGGCGAUGACACAGACAAAGACCCAGAAGGAGAGACGGAGAGCAGCCCAGCGGUUGAGAAAAGCUCUGCAAAGACGAGCAACUCCUUGGAGAGUCUUUACAGCGGCCAGAGCUCCUCCAGUGGCGUCACCAGCGAGUCCAACGGUUCCAGUCAGAGAGACAGCCUGAAGCUGGAGGAGGACGGCUCCUACCAGGGUCAGUUCUGCGGCCGGGCUCGGGUCCACACCGAUUUCGUUCCCAGUCCUUACGACACAGACUCACUGAAACUGAAGGUUGGCGACAUCAUCCACAUCAUCAGGAAGCCUCCGAUGGGCAUCUGGACUGGCAUGCUCAACAACAAAGUUGGCAACUUUAAGUUUAUCUACGUGGAUGUCUUGGCAGAGGAGAAGGAGAAAGAAGAAGAGGAGGAAAGUCCAAAGAUCAGAGAGCAGAAGCUGUGCAAGAGGCCAAGACCUAAAACGCUGCUGGAGUUACUGGAGCGGCUGAACCUGGAGGAAUACGCCUCUGCCCUGUUGCUGAAUGGCUACCAGACAGUGGAGGACCUGCUGCACCUACAGGAGAAACACCUGAUAGAGCUGAACGUCAAGGACCCCGAGCACAGGCUGAAGCUGCUCGCUGCCGCUGACUUCCGCUAUGUAGAAGGUGAUGAUACGAGCAAUGCAGAGGAGCACAGAUCUUCCCACGGCCAGCAGGAGGAAGACAGCGAUUGUCCCAGAGACUCAGGUUGCUUCAUCCCGUCUGAGUGUUCGGACACUAAGGAGGACACAGAGCACGUCGCAGACACAGCGGAGGCAUGAGGCGCUUGGCUUAUCAGAAGGAUUCUGAGAAAUUUGGAAUAUAAAGUCACACUUUUUUCCAUUAAUUCUGAUGAAAAAAAAAUCUAAAAAUCCUCUCAACAUGUAAUGUUUACACCUUGUGUUCUGACCUGGAGCCUGUAUAAUGUGGGGACGCUUUAAAAGAUGAAUGAAGAGGGGAUUACAGUACAGAUGUUCAAAGUGUAAUCUCAUCCUUGUGUUGCAUUAUGAAAGUAAAGUUUUCUUGAUGUCAAAGAAGUUACGGUUUUUUGAAAUGAAGUCAGUUAUAUUUAUUGCAUUCCAAAUGAUCCAGUGUUUUUGCCUGUAAUUGUU